CUUCUGCCAUCCAGGCAAACCAGCAGCCCUCUGCCAUGGCCGCCAACCUCCUUUUCCUCUUCCUCCUCUUCAUCAACUGGACAGGAGCGCAGCAGACAUUUACUAUAGAAGAAGUUAAACUGACCAUUGAGCCAGAGGGUGAACUCAAGAGUGGUAGUAGCGUGACUCUAAAUUGUACAUCUAAAGUCAGUCGCACUGCUGGAUUCAUCCCAAACUACGAGUACAGUUUACACAAAAAUAAGAAUCUGCUUAAGUCCGGCAGCGACGUCUUCACUAUUCCCCACGCCAGAGUAUCCGACUCAGGCUCGUACCAUUGUUCCCUCCGGAUUGGCACAGUGACAAAAGAAAGCGCAUCAGAGACACUGAAAAUCAGCGGUCUCCAGACUCCUGUUCUGAUUGUGGAGAAGACGGAGGUGUUAGAGGGAGAUAUGGUUUCGAUUUCGUGUGAGGCUAAGGGGGAAACUGGACCUUUCGUCUUCGUCUUCCUGGACGGCCAUAGAGACAUUGACAGUUUCGAGACUGACAACGACCAGGUACAAACAAAACAGCCUUUAACUAAACCAGGGAUCGUCACAUUGAGUUGUCGUUACACUGUCAAGUUGCGGGCUUCAACUGAAACAUCUGAAAUUAGCAACAAAGUGAACAUCACAGUAAAUGAGCUGCCCAUCACCCCAUUAAUUACUGUCUCACCAUCAAGCAAUGUCAUCGAAGGGGACCCACUUGAAGUUGUCUGCAAAGUUGAAGGCAACCUCACCGGUACUCAGUACGAUGUUGAUCUGGUCCUUGGUGAAGAAAUCCGUUCCACUGGGAAAGGUCAAAUCAGUUUCAAAAAAAUUGUUACAGCAAAUGAUUCUGGGGUGCAUAAAUGCAGGAUUCGAACAGACAAAGUAUUCAAAUGGACUGCCGCCAGCGUAACAGUACAAGAGCUCUUCUCUCAGCCUGUCCUGACCAUACAGCCCCCAGUGGUGUUUGAAAAGGAGCGCGUGAACCUGUCUUGCAGCAGUAGCAAAUAUUCUAGGGAGAGAAUUACUGCAAAAGACAUAAAGUACUACAUUUACAGAGGUGAUGACUUGUUAACAUUAGGCAGUUUUAAUGGACGGCAUACAUUACUGGCAAACUCUUCAACCAAUGGGAAUUACUCGUGCAAAGCAGAGGCAAAGAACAUUUCCAAAAAAAGCACAGCCGUGACCUUCAAAGCAAAAGUCCUGGUCUCACAGCCUGUGAUCAGGAUGGGCGAGGUGAUUCUCGGCCAGCCGUUCCAAAUUUUCUGCCGCUCGGAGAAAGGUAGUUUGCCCAUCAAAUACACCCUGCUGAAAGAUAACAACGAUGUCAGCGUUAGCACGGUUUAUGGCCUUAGCGAAAAUGCAAGCUUCACUGCUAUCAUCCAUGAUCAGCACGAAAUCUACCAAUUCAGAUGUCGGGCUGAAAACAAUGGUUCAUCCAUCGCUGAAAGCAGCCGCCUCAACGGUACAGUCAUAGUUCCUGUGAAAAAGGCAUCUCUGACUGUUAUAACACCUGAUGUUACUGAGGGUCAAACAAUGACCCUUCUCUGCCAGGCAUCAAAUAGCUCUACUACCCCCUUGACUUUUAAGUGGUACCGAAGCAGCACCAGGGAGCUUCUCCGCACAGUCACGGUUAAUAAACUCUUUGGAACACACACAAUCCAGGAGGUCAGCAGAGAGAAUAGAGAUUCAUACUACUGUGUGGCACUGAAUAAGGCCGGCAGUGUCAAAAGUGACCCAGUGAUGGUUGAAGUGAGGCUGGCAAGAUGGAAGAAGGGUCUGAUAGUGGCUUCCUGCCUGCUGCUUUUGGCCAUUUCAAUUCUUUGUGGGAUUGUGUACUACAAGUCCAAGAGAGGUAAAAGAGCGACGGCUGCCGAGCUCUCAGUAAAGCCUUCGAGCCGUAAAUCAGAUGGUUCUCUAACCGUGAGUCUUGCCCACGACACGGCGGUUUAUAACGCACCCAAAGCGGGAGUGGAUGGUGGAGGGAAAAGUAUCUGGAGUGAAAAACCAUCAGAUUCAGACAGCAGUGAACAGAGCAGUACAGACACACCCAGUGAAGCUGAUGUGGAAUACACAGAGGUAGUGCAUCCGCAGCCUGUCGAUCCAACACGAGUUCCCUUAAGGAAAGGCACGGACACGGUGUACAGCGAACUUCAAACAUCCCUACACGGAGCCCCUGAACGAGUGAGUUAUGUAAGUGACUUUUCGUCUUUCUCUGUAACCUUUAUCCUUUUCUCUGCGCUGCCGUUAGACCCUGUGUAGCA